ACCUUACUCACCUCUUCGAAAGUAACCCCAGACAAGCUUCAAAAGUGGCUCGACGAAGGGAAAUCGGCGGAAACAGUUUUCGCACGCAUGCGUCUGAAAAAGGCGGGGGGGUGGCUGCUAUACCGUCCCCAAUUCACGGAGUGGCUCAUUUCCUUCCUGCGAUACGAAAGCACGUUGGGGCAAAGGUGGUCGUUCUUGAUUAAUGAGGCGAGCCUCGGUGAGGGUCAUGUAAUGAGCCGAGAUGAGGCAGCCUAG